AUGGUUGUGGUCAGCUCAUCCGGCAUCUCGGGGGCAGUCAAGAGGAGCGGCCCAGCACAGUCAUCACAACCACAGAUCAUCAAGCCUAGACAAAAGAUCCAGCGCGAUGCAUCGACAAAACUCAACAUCAUAAUAGUAGGUGCUGGCCUGGGAGGCGUGGGUGCGGCAAUAGGUUUGCUGCUAGGCGGCCACGAUGUAACGAUUCUCGAAUCUGCACCACAAAUCGCAGAGGUUGGCGCGGGCAUACAGGUUCUACCAAAUGCCUCGAGGUUGCUACAGGAAUGGGGCAUGAAAGAGGCGCUCGACCGCUACUCAACCGCGCCUAGCCAUGUAAACAUGCUAGGCUGGAAAGGCAACACCAUCACUCGGAUGAGCACAGAGGACUCCGCGAAGCUGUACCCAGGCACAGCAUAUUGGGACUUCCACCGAGCGAAUCUACACAAGUGUUUAGUUGAGCGAGCAGAAGAGUUAGGGGCAAAGCUUGUCGUAAACAGCAAGGUCGCCAACGUCGUCGCGAAGGAGGAAGGAGCACAGUGCUUCUUGAAGACGGUACAGAGCGGAAAGCGGAUCUCGUGA